CCACUGAAGCGUCCCAUGUCAUUUAACGACGUGAGGAGCAACAACUCUGCCCAAGAAGGCAAACAAGGCCCCCAACUUUGACACUUCACCGACCCAACGCAUCAAAGCGGCUUUGCCUUCGGCCGCUCCACUCCAGUCCCUAGCAGCCAAAGAAAAAAUGGCCAUCCCAGGCGUGAGUACUUGCACGCGCUGUUUCUCAAGUGUGGUUCAUCACUUCUUACUUUCACAAAACCUUUAGCUAAAUGUAAGUCAAAAACUCAAACAAAAAAGAGCCAAAAGAAAACACACCGUCCUGUUUGCCUUCUCCGUUCAAAUACACUACACGCGUGGACCCCGCCCACUCCUCCUCUUUAGUCCUUUCUCCCUCGUGUCGUACACGCGCCGCUCCUCCUCGAGAGUCGCCCCCCGCAUUUUUCAAAUAUUUAAAAUUUUGGCCGAAGAAGCUCUGGACAAAUUCUUGUACUGCCGGCGAGUGAGAAUGAGCGUGCUAGGGAGACAGAUGGCGAGAUCUAAUUCGACGGCGCAUCAUCAACGGCAAUACUCCGCUAACUUCCUCGACGCCUCGUUUAACAGCAAAUGGCUUCAGUCCUCCAAUUUCACUUCUUCUCAGGAGUUCGGGUUCUAUGGCGGGGAAAGAAUGAGCAGUAAGUCGCCGGAGCGGGCGACACCGCCGUUUUGUUCUAGGUCUUCGAGCAUGAGGAAGAACAGUGAUGAAUACAUGUCGCCCAGUGAGCUCAGCCCCGGCUUACUGGAUCUGCAUUCAUUUGAUACUGAGCUGCUUCCUGAGUUGCAGGCUCCUAACCUAUAUGAAGGACUCGGGCUUCAGGGACCUGUUCGUGGUAAAAGUUUUGACGAUUCUGAACCAUAUCUAUCCACCAACAAACUUUCAAACAGGCCACGUGGAAUGGCUGAGAAUAACCUUACUAAAAGCAUCUCAGUAGAUAAAGAAAGAGCUAACACUGUUGCCAAGAUUAAAGUCGUGGUGCGCAAGAGACCAAUGAACAAAAAGGAAAUGGCAAAGAAAGAAGAAGAUAUUAUUACCAUACAGUCAAAUUCCAAUGCCCUAACUGUUCAUGAAAAAAAACUAAAGGUUGACCUGACAGAAUAUGUUGAGAAACACGAAUUUGUUUUUGAUGCUGUGCUGAAUGAGGAUGUUAGCAAUGAGGAAGUAUACUCUGAGACAGUGGAGCCGAUUGUCCCACUAAUUUUCAAUCGAACAAAAGCUACUUGUUUUGCAUACGGGCAAACAGGAAGUGGAAAGACAUAUACUAUGCAGCCACUGCCUCUAAAAGCAUCUCAAGAUAUAUUAAGAUUAAUGUACCAUUCAUAUCGGAACCAAGGUUUCCAACUAUUUGUCAGUUUCUUUGAGAUAUAUGGGGGGAAAGUCUUUGAUCUCCUUAAUGAUCGGAAAAAGCUUUGCAUGAGAGAAGAUGGUAAACAGCAAGUAUGUAUUGUGGGUCUGCAAGAGUACAAGGUAUCAGAUGUUGAGACGAUCAAGGAGUUAAUUGAAAGAGGAAAUGCGACAAGAAGCACUGGCACUACUGGAGCAAAUGAGGAAUCCUCAAGGUCACAUGCAAUUCUUCAGCUUGCCAUCAAGAGAUCCGCUGAUGGCAGUGAAACAAAGCCUGCUAGACUUGUAGGGAAGCUUUCUUUUAUAGACCUUGCUGGAAGUGAGCGUGGUGCGGAUACAACUGACAAUGACAAACAGACGAGAAUGGAAGGUGCCGAAAUUAAUAAAAGUUUACUUGCUUUAAAAGAAUGCAUCAGAGCUCUUGACAAUGACCAGGGUCACAUUCCUUUCAGAGGAAGUAAGCUGACUGAAGUUCUUAGAGAUUCAUUUGUUGGUGACUCGCGUACUGUUAUGAUAUCAUGUAUUUCACCAAGCUCAGGAUCAUGUGAACAUACCCUGAAUACACUUAGAUAUGCUGAUAGGGUGAAGAGCCUAUCAAAAGGGAACAACUCCAAGAAGGAUAUGCUAUCUUCAUCUUCAAAUCUUAGGGAGUCAACUGCAUUGCCCUUGGCUUCAUCUUUACCAACUGAUACCCUUGAGGACAAUAUAACUGAUGUUCCUCUUGAAAAGAACAAAUUUGGGUGGUCCAACCUGAUUGAAAAAGAUGCAUCUCCUCCUUUUAAAGUGGAUCGUGUUCCUAGUGGAAGGGGAGAAGGAAAUUUGGCCGUACCAUAUUCAGAUUAUUACAAGGGUCAGAGAGGUGGUCUCGAUGGCAUGGCCGAGGAUGAUUUUGAUUACCCUGAGGGGACAUAUGAACAACAAAAGAUGUUGGGGAAAAUUAAUAGGAAGGCACGGGCCUACCAAAUUCCAUUUUUGGAGAAGCAGAAGACUGAUGCUUUGACAAAGCGUGUGGAUCCUUCAAGCAUUGAUGAUAAAAAUUCUCAUUCAGAUGAUGAUCUGAAUGUCCUGUUGAAGGAAGAGGAAGACCUUGUAUCUGCUCAUCGAAGGCAAGUGGAGGACAUGAUAGAGAUUGUUAGGGAGGAAAUGAAUCUGCUAGUUGAAGCUGACCAACCAGGCAACCAGCUGGAUAAUUAUAUCUCUAAAUUAGAUACCAUUCUUUCACAGAAGGCUGCAGGAAUUCUACAACUGCAGACCCGCUUGGCUCAAUUCCAAAAACAUUUAAACGAAUACAACGUUUUAGUAUCUUCUGGCAAUUAAUUUAUCCUGCAGAAAAGAUAUGGUGCGGAUUUGGACCGGCAUUUGAUUUGAUAAUUUCUUCCUGGAUGGUUGGUGAGGCAGUUGAUGACCCGCCAACUGUCAUAUGGUUACAGAAUGAGAGUACCUAUUAGAGUGGGUGGUGAGAGUGGAAUCUUGUUUCUUCCUACAUUUUUGAUGCUUCAGGUAACUAUUGUGACUUUUGAGUUAUACACGACACUCCAUAUGUUAUAAAUAUGCAUGCUCCUCGGCUUUAGAAAAUGUAAAAUUUCUGCAGCAUUGUGAUGUUAUUGUUGAUAAUAAAAACGCCUUGCCAUUAACUCAA